AUGGAUAACGACAUCGCCGAACCYGACCCAUCCCGMCAGCYCAAUGGUGUCGUGGAAGGGCUUUAUGGAGAAUUCACGGACUCGCUCAACGCAAAGGUCAGAUAUUCUGUGAGUUUGACUGAGAGUGCUCUCACUAUUCAAAAGAUCCCAUCGUCACCUGGACAGGAUGAGUUGGUUUUCCAUUUAGCUGACUGUCUUGGCUGCCGGGCUUAUAAAGUGGAGGACGAAGCAGACGUUGGGGCGUUCUUUACAGCCUAUUUCUACCCGUUCAAGAGGCGAUGGAUAAGCACAGGCAUGGCCCGGCAGAAAGUAGAGCAGUGCUUUCGGGUCGCACUGGUCCAGGACCCUCUCACUAAUCUUCAAGAGGCAGAGAGAUGGGCGCGUGCCAUCAGAGAGGCUUCUAUCCGCCAGAUACCCCGACGACAUGAGRACCAGAACCAUGCYAGGGACCUGGUGAGAGAGACUGAUCUGUCACAGUGGGAUGCUCUGGUCAUCCUGUCAGGAGACGGGCUGCUGUUCGAGGUGUUGAAUGGUCUUCUGGAGAGAGAGGACUGGGAGGAGGCCAUCCAGACCCCAUUGGGCAUCUUACCAGGGGGCUCGGGCAACGCCCUGGCAGCCUCCGUCCACCACUACACUAAGUCUCCCCCGGCCUGGGGUAAGGAGCUGCUGCUGAGCUGUGGCUUCCUGCUGUGUAAAGGCCUGGUGACUCGGCUGGACCUGGUCUCUGUCCACCUGGCCUCCAGCCAGCGCAUCUUCUCCUUCCUCUCCCUGGCCUGGGGCUUCGUGGCCGACGUCGACAUUGAGAGCGAGAAGUACCGUCUCGUUGGCCCCAUGCGAUUCCUGGUUGGUACGCUGAUGCGCCUGGCCUCCCUCAAGGUAUAUCAGGGUAGGUUGGCAUACCUGCCUGCUCCUCCCUUCACACCCCAGAACUCCUCWKUCUGCUCCUCUCUACCCUGUGGGCCCAACAGCUCCCCCAAUCAGAACUCUCGCCACAACCACAGCACAAACCACAGCACAAACUCCAACCACAACACCGCCCACAACUCCUCCAACAUUGCCAUCACAACCAUGAGGACCAAGCCCCAACCAGUCAACCAGAAGGGGCCUCCUGACUCGCUCCUAGUAGACCUGAAGCAGCCGUUGCCUGAGCAUUGGACAGUAGUGAAUGAGGAAGAAUUUGUACUGGUAUUGGCCAUGUUCCAGUCCCACCUGGCUGAGGACCUGUUUGCCGCCCCUGGGGCCACAGCAGACGACGGCUUCAUCCARCUGUUGUAUGUGCGUGCAGGCAUCUCCAGACUAGCCCUGCUCACACUCUUCAUGACCAUGGAGAAGGGGGGCCACCUGGCUAUUGGCUGCCCACACCUUGUGUAUGAGAGGGUGAAGGCCUUUCGCCUGGAGCCUCUGUCCCCCGAGGGAGCGAUCACUGUGGACGGGGAGAUGGUGGAGUACGGGCCAGUACAGGCCCAGGUUCAUGAAGGAAUUGCCAGGCUCAUCUCAGGCUGAGAAUCUACUCAGAGAGUCUGUCCUCCCCACAGCUCUGACUUCUCGCUCCCUUUCUUACUCUGUCUACUGUAUAUACAAAGUUCCAAAGACAUUAUAUCAGCCUUUGGAAAAUCCCCUCUCUUUUUUCUACAGAUACAUUCAGUAUCUAUCUCUGUGUCCUGUUUUUUAGAGAUCCCUCCCUUUCRUCUCCAUGCUUCAUUCAYGGUCAAAGCCKUGGAUGUUCUUGCAGCUGGCUGGUCUCAGCUAAGAGUGUGUGUGUAUGAGAGUGUGUUGUGAGCGGUGAGUUUAGUAGGGAGGGGCCCACGGCUGAGGAGUACCUUGUGUGCUCCGCUGUCUGACUUAAUAAGUGUGACACACGUGAAGAGAAACAAAUUUUUCUGUCCCGCGAGGAUGUGGCAGGCAACCAGCUCUAUGCCCGCUAUCUAGCCCCGGGGUAAUCAUUCUGUGGAGGAUGAGACACGGGCCUGACAUGAAGGCCUUCCCCCCUCAUGAUAUACUGUUCGAGUCAUGGAUGUAGGUUUUCUAUGGAGAAGCACAACGUUGGAGAAUGCAGCAUUGUGGACCUCCACCAAUGAUAUUAGGUUACUCUUCUCUCUCAUCAGUGAAAACCUCCACUUUACCUCUGCGUUUAAUGGAUGGGGUGGAAGGGGUUAGGUGCUAGUGAGGUCGUGUUAAAGCAGCGUGGAGGUUCAGGAACCUGGCCAGCUGAGGUUACCUUCUUAUAUAUCUUGCCUGUCUCCUACCCUGCUGCUGCUGCA